AUGGCGCCAAAUUCCAAACUCAAUGCAAAGCGCAAGGCGCAGAGAGAGUCGACCAAACAACCUGGAAAACCGCGAGCCGAGCGCCGCCCAAACGAAGAUUCAAAGGCGCAGUACAUUCCCAUUGAACUUCAACAACUCCUGCUCAAUAUCUUCCGGAACUCGUUUGCUGAACAUUUGAGUUCGGAUUUUGCGCCGUUGCUGCAGGAAGUCAAAGGUCAUUUGUACAAUCGCGACUUUGCGACUGCUUUUGGGAAGAAUGAGUAUCUUGAGGUGUACGCGGCGAGGUGGAGCCCAAGUCGAGCGUUGGGGUAUUUGGAUUUGUUAUGGGAAUUAAGGGAUCAUUUGGAGUUUGUGAGUGAAAAUUCGGGUGCGGAUGGAGAGGAAGAGAAUGGGAGGAAGAGUUACAAGGUUGUGUGUUUAGGUGGAGGUGCUGGCGCGGAAGUCGUGGCAUUGGGGGGAUUGCAGAAGUUGCUUUCGACUUUAGACCCACAAGAGGAGGGAGAUGAUGAGAAGAAGAAGAAGAAGCCAAGGAGGAUGGAGAUCUCGGCCGUUGAUAUUGCAGACUGGAAUGUCGUGGUGGAGAACUUGGCACAGCAUCUCACGACCACACCGGUACUGUCAAAGUACGCUUCGGCCGCUGCAAAAGCUGCAAACGUCCCGUUCGCCAAUCCGGAGGAUAUUUCUAUUACGUUCCACCAGCACGAUGUGCUUCAAGCUUCUACACCUGCUAUAAACUCGCAGCUUGCAGAGGCUAGCCUUGUAACCCUGCUCUUCACACUCAACGAACUUUACACGACAUCACUGCCUCUGACGCAGAAGUUCCUGCUACACGUUACCUCUGUCCUUCAGUCUGGAGCCUUGUUGUUGGUAGUGGACAGCCCCGGAAGCUACUCGUCAGUUACUCUCAACGGCGCAGAGAAGAAGUACCCUAUGCAGUGGCUACUGGACCAUACGCUGUUGAAUCAGGCGAGCAGCAACAAGAAUGAACGGGGCAAAGAGGAGAUUGCAAGCUGGGAGAAAAUCACAGAGGAUGACAGCAGGUGGUUCAGAUUGGACGACAGACUGCAGUAUCCAAUCGAGUUGGAAAACAUGCGCAUGCAAAUGCACCUUCCACGCGGCGGAUAUGGUGCGACAUUGUGGAUGUCUCAGGCUGCCCUCACCGCAACUCGCAGCUUCUACAACAUCAUUACUCAGGCCGAACAAAGGCUCAUGCAAGAACACCACCCAUCCCUACCAAAGGGAGCCAUUCGUCGUCUGUUAUAG